GAUAGGCAGAGUGAGGAGAGAGAGCGUUGGAACAGGGACUUCCCUGAGCCUCCAUCAUCUGCAGGGAGGGAAAAACACUCACACACACACUGCCUCCCACACACACACACGCACACUCUGCUGAGAGCUAGCAAGGGGCUUUAAACAGCUUCACACAUAACCGAGACAAAGGGACUGUAACCUGCCACAAUGGAAGAAAACAUGGAUGAAUCGCAAAGCCAGAAAGGCUGUAAGGAGUGCUGCGAGCGAUGUGUGGGCAGCCUGCCCUGGGCGUCGCUCAUCGCCACCAUCCUCCUCUACAUGGGCGUGGCCUUGUUCUGUGGGUGUGGCCACGAGGCUUUGAGCGGCACCGUCACCAUCCUCCAGAACUACUUUGAAGUCAUCAGAGCCCCGGGAGACACUCUGGAUGUGUUCACCAUCAUCGACAUCCUGAAGUACAUAAUUUAUGGCCUUGCAGCUGGAUUCUUUGUGUUUGGAGUGCUGCUGCUGGUGGAGGGCUUUUUCACCACCGGAGCCAUCCGCGAUCUCUACGGAGAGUUCAAGAUCACUGCCUGCGGACGCUGCCUUACUGCAUUCCUGAUGUUCCUGGCCUACCUGUUCUUCCUGGUGUGGCUCGGGGUGACAGCAUUCACCAGCCUGCCGGUCUUCAUGUACUUCAACGUUUGGUCCAUGUGUCAGAACACCAGCUCGGUGGAGGGAACCAACCUCUGCCUGGACCUGCGUCAGUUUGGAGCGGUGACCAUCGCCGAGGAGAGGAAGUUGUGCACGCAGUCCGAGAAGUUCGUCAAGAUGUGCGAAUCCAACGAGCUGGACUUGACCUUCCACCUGUUCGUGUGCGCACUAGCAGGAGCAGGAGCUGCUGUCAUCGCCAUGGUGCACUUCCUGAUGGCUCUAGCCGCUAACUGGGGCUACCUGAAGGACGCCAGUCGGAUGCAGAAGUACGAGGACAUCAAGUCGAAGGAGGAGCAGGAGCUGCACGACAUCCACUCUACACGCUCCAAAGAACGCCUCAAUGCCUACACAUAAGCACGCCGCCACGAGGAACGACACACACACACUUACCUGUCAGACACACACGCACACACGGGUGAAAAAGAUUCAUUCAAACAAAUUUACAGACAUGAGUAGGCAGAAAUUAGAGGAUAAGAAACCCAUGAGAUCACCGACGCCCUCCUCAUCCUCAGCUCUGCGGUCGAUCAUUGCUGGUCUGCUCCAAGUUUAACACGAUAAAUCGUCCAGAUUCACCGAACAUAAAGCGGUCAGACAUUUUAGUCUGAAGGUUUCUGAAUGUGAUGGUGUGAGUUUUCAGGCCUUUCAGAGUAAAAUGCUGCACAAACAAAAGUUCUCACUGCAUAACACAAACCAGCGUAACGAGGAAAUGCCAAAAAUCACCGUGGACGAACCCAAAGAAGGAGAAUUAUUUCAAUCUGAUCGCCUAAAGACUCCAAACAGCAACGAUCUACAGCAGACGCAUGAGGACGGCGUCCGUGAGCUCAUCGCACACACACACACACACACACACACACACACACACACACACACACACACACACACACACACACACACACACACACGGAGACAUGUAGAUGUGACUGAAUGGUCGGUGUUGUUUGGUGGUGUCAUGCUGUGUUGUGUCGUUCGCCACGCUAUGAUGAUGGUGUCACAGAGAAAUAAGGUCCCCGAGGAAAUUUGUGCCUCCCGGGUACAAAUGGGUAGCUUUGCCAACUCCCCCCACCCCCUCCUUUCUCCCUCCCUGACCUCUGACCUCUUCACGUUGAGCCCAGUUUCAUUAGUUGUUUUGUAGUUUCUCGUGUGGUCGUUUGCGGCGGUGGGGGGUGGGGCGGGGUUUUGGAAACAAAAGCACUGGAUUGGUUAACAUCCAGCAGGUGGUCGGAGACCCGCCUGAGGUUAGCGUUGAGCUUGAGCUUUGGUUAUAACGUUUUCAACCAUAACCACGGGCCGAUCACGACGACCUGCAGGAGAGAUUUUACCCGUUAAUUGCGGAGCGCCGAUGAUCGCAGAAGAAUCGAUGUCACGAACACGACCAAAUUCUCUCAAUGCGUCUCUAUUUCUGCGUAUCGUAUUCUUCUUAUUAUUCUGAGGCUGACAGCACGCACGGUGGCAGCGGGGGUGCAGCUAGUGAAACGGGGCUCCCCCCUCCCCCCCUCUUCGUCCCCUGAUUGUACAAACUUGUGAUUCGUCCUGAGAAACAGCACAUCUUAGCAGCACAAAGUCUUUUAGUCAUCAUCUCAUCCGUCUGUUACGUAACGUUUUCUCACUUUUCAGGGAUUUUGCCACAUUUUUAUUCGGAUUCUUUCUGUGUGAUUUUAGCACCGGGGUAUUUAAACGGGGGGGGCUGUAACAUUACCAGGUGAUGAUUCAGUAUUUCAGCGAUUCUGCACACACACACACACACACACA